AACAUGAAGCGUCGUUUUGGUUGUCAAUUAUUUCAAUUGUUUGACACAAAAUAGUAAAUAUAUAUAAAUUAAUAUAAAACAAAGUGUUUUAUUAGAAAAAAAAUUCCAAAUGCCACAAAAUUAUUGUGUUUUAAUUGAAAAAAAAUUAAAAAAAAUUAAAUAAUAUAUUGUUGGAGCAAGUGUGUGUUUAUUGCUCUAAUAAUAACCUAAGUUGAUAUUAUUAUUAUUAUUGUUAUUAAUUGAUUAAAAUAAUAAUAAUAAUAAUAAACAAAAAAAAAAAAAGUAAUUUGUUGUAUUUAUUUAAAAUUAAAAAAAUGAGUUAUAAUAAAAAAGUAUCAUAUUUUUAUAAUCCAGACGUUGGUAAUUUUCAUUAUGGACCUGGACAUCCAAUGAAACCACAUCGUUUAUCUGUGAUACAUAGUUUAGUAUUAAACUAUGGUCUUCAUAAAAAAAUGCAAAUAUACCGGCCUUAUCGUGCAAGUACACAUGAUAUGUGUAGAUUUCAUUCAGAUGAAUAUGUUGAAUUUCUUCAACGUGUAACACCACAAAAUUUACAAGGAUAUACAAAAUAUUUAAGUCAUUUUAAUGUUGGUGAUGAUUGUCCAGUAUUUGAGGGUUUAUUUGAUUUUUGUUCAAUGUAUACUGGUGCAUCAUUAGAAGGUGCUACAAAAUUAAAUAAUAAUACAUGUGAUAUUGCAAUAAAUUGGUCUGGUGGUCUUCAUCAUGCUAAAAAAUUUGAAGCAUCUGGUUUUUGUUAUAUUAAUGAUAUUGUUAUUGCAAUAUUAGAAUUAUUAAAAUAUCAUGCACGUGUAUUAUAUAUUGAUAUUGAUGUACAUCAUGGUGAUGGUGUACAAGAAGCAUUUUAUUUAACAGAUCGUGUUAUGACUGUAUCAUUUCAUAAAUAUGGUAAUUAUUUUUUUCCUGGUACUGGUGAUAUGUAUGAAAUUGGUGCUGAAAGUGGACGUUAUUAUUCAGUAAAUGUACCACUUAAAGAAGGUAUUGAUGAUCCAUCAUAUGUACAAGUAUUUAAACCAGUUAUAUCAAAUGUUAUGGAAUUUUUUCAACCAACAGCAAUUGUAUUACAAUGUGGUGCUGAUUCAUUAGCAAAUGAUAGACUUGGUUGUUUUAGUUUAAGUACAAAAGGACAUGGUGAAUGUGUUAAAUUUGUUAGAGAUUUAAAUGUACCAUUAUUAACUGUUGGUGGUGGUGGUUAUACAUUAAGAAAUGUUGCUAGAUGUUGGACAUAUGAAACAUCAUUAUUAUUGGAUGAACAAAUUAGUAAUGAAUUACCAUAUACUGAAUAUUUAGAAUAUUUUGCACCUGAUUUUACGUUACAUCCAGAAGUUGUUACAAGACAAGAUAAUGCUAAUAGUAAACAAUAUUUAGAAGCAAUAACACGUCAUGUUUAUGAUAAUUUAAAAAUGGUACAACAUUCACCAAGUGUACAAAUGCAAGAUGUACCAUGUGAUGCAUUACCACCAGAUGAGGACAGGCAGCCAGAACCAGAUCCAGACUCGAGAAAUAAUACACAAGACACUGACAAAAUUAUUGAACCAACUAAUGAAUAUUAUUCUGGUGAUAAGGAUCAGGAUAAAAUGGAUGUUGCUGAAUCGUGA